UUCUCCCCGUUGAUAACUAUCGCGAUUAAUCGUUUAUAAAAAAGUUUAUUUACUUUAAUUCAGAUUAAUUGGUUGUAUUCGAAUUCGUUUCAUCACUUUUUAUCAAUAAAUAAAGUUAUUUAAUCUUAAAUUUUUUGGAAUUCUCACCGGGAAUCUGACAGAUAGUUCUAACCUCAAAAACUAUAAACGUCAUAUAAAAAGACAUAAUUGAAAGAAAACCUUAAAAUAAAUCAAUCAAUUUAAAAUUGUUAAUAAAAAGAAUCGAAUAAUAAUUAAACAAAUCACAUGUAAAUUAAAUUAAAAAAAUCGAAAUAAAAAAAGAUUGUGUCUAAAAAGUGAGGUUAUGGGUGAAAAUAACUUACUCAUGGGGCCCAGAGAAGGUGUUAAUUACCCGAUUCAAGUGAUUUAUUGCGGUAAUUGUACGAUGCCUAUUGAGUAUUGCGAGUAUUACCCGGAGUACGAUAAAUGUAAACAAUGGUUGGAAAAAAAUCUUCCUUCCGAAUUCGAAAAGGUUAAGAUAGGUGAUGAAGCAACAGACGCUACCGGAGAGGAAGAAAAGAAGCGGCAAAAACGCGGCGGAAAAGGAAUGAUCAAAGCAAAGAAAAAGGAGGAAGGGCCGAAACAAGUUUACGUUUCGAGGGCUCCGCGAGGCAAAAAGAAGUCUGUUACUGUCGUAACAGGGUUAAGUUCUUUUAAUAUCGAUUUAAAAGUGGCCGCAAAAUUCUUUGGGACGAAAUUCGCUUGUGGCUCCUCUGUAACCGGGGAUGAUGAAAUCGUUAUUCAAGGUGAUGUAAAAGAUGAUUUGUUCGAUAUUAUACCAGAGAAGUGGCCAGAGAUCGAUGAAGAUUUAAUCGAGGAUUUAGGCGAUCAAAAGAGAUAAAUAUUAAAAUAAACCCGAAAUAAUUUUUUUUGUUAUUAAUAAAAAAAUAAUACAAAUUUUUUAAAUCCUUAA